CUUUACAUUUUUUAUUCCCUCCAAAAAAGAACUUGGACAUCUGUAUCCAAUUAUCCAUUCCACCAAAUAUCAACAAAAAAACAUUAAAUAAACAGACACAGAACCAAACAUACAAACAGAGAAAGUAACCAACCAACCAAUUCAAUUCCCAUAACUUUGUCACUAACAUUCACCAACACAAUGCCCCAUCGUGGUGGCGCGUGGAACUCAUCGCCACCCUUACUCAGCCCACCACUUCUCAUUAUUCUACUCCCUAUCCUAGCCUUCACCCUCCUCUUCCUCACCGUACCUCCUCUUCUCUCCGCCACCACCAACCUCCUCCAACAUACCUCCUUCGUCAAAGUCAAAACCAGCUGGAACUCCCUCAACAUUCUCCUCGUCGUUCUCGCCAUCCUUUUCGGCGUCUUCGCUCGACGAAACGACGAUGAAGAACCAUCAACACCUCAUCAAACCACCAACAACAACGUCAUUCCCGAUCAAAACGACACGUUCCGAAUAGUUUCAACGUCGUCUGAACGAGGUGGAUAUGAGUCGCAACAAUGGUUUGGAUUCUCUAGUGAAGAGCGUAAGGUUUUUGAUGAAACUUCGAAUCGGUUGUUACAGUCACCGGUGAUAACCGGUGUUACACGGAUGAGAAGGAGUAGUAGUUCGUAUCCAGAUCUACGUCAGAUGGAUAAUGGUUACAAGUUUCGUUUCUUUGAUGAUUACGAAAUCGAGAAACAGUUCCGUUCGCCGGCGAGGGUAACAUUUUCCCGGAGUCUAGAAGAAAAACAAGAGCAAGUUCACGUUAAGGAAAUUCCGGUGGAUACCUUUGAAGUUCGUUCUUCUUCUUCUUCUUCUCCGGUAAAAUCAACCAUUCCGCCAGCGCCUCCUCCACCGGUUUCAGCUCGGCGUCAUACAAACCAGAUACAUAGGAGAGUCGAGAGUAGCAACGAGAUAACGGAGGUUGAAGAUACUGAAUUCACAAGGAUUCAUACUCCACCGGCGGAUACGGCAGAUACUCCGCCGCCGUCACCUCCUCGGCUGUCGGUGAAGACACGAUCUGAGCGAAAGAAGAGUAAUGUGAAGAGAGAGAUAGCAAUGGUUUGGGCUUCCGUGCUCUCUAAUCAACGAAAGCGAAAGAAGAAACAGAAACCGAAAAACGAUCAUAAUCACCAUUGCGAUAAUGUGGAGGAGUUAACAAACAAUACAACAGCGCCACCGAUACCGACGACGCCACCGCCUCCUCCACCACCACCUCCAUCAGUUUUUCACAGUAUAUUCAGAAAAAGUCACGGCAAGAGUAAGAAAAUCCAUUCAGUGCCAGCGCCGCCGCCACCUCCGCCAUCUAGGAGAUCGUCUAAACCAAAGAAACAUAUCCCUCCGCCACCACCAACUCCUCCACCUGCACCAUCACGUCGGAGAAACCACACAAAGCCGCCAUUGCCAAACAAAUCAAGCAACUUCAUCAACGAAACGGUUGAAAACUUCAAUGCCGGCAGCCAGUCGCCAUUGAUCCCCAUUCCGCCUCCUUUACCACCAUUCAAAAUGCCGGCGAUGAAGUUUGCAGUUCGUGGCGAUUUUGUUAAGAUUCGAAGUAACCAGAGCUCGAGAAGUACAUCACCGGAGCGUGAGCACAUUGAUGUGGAAGUAACGGAAACCAUUGCUGUUGUGAAUCAUAACGGCGAUGUGACUGGGCCUGUUUUCUGUCCCAGUCCAGACGUGAAUGCGAAAGCUGCAACAUUCAUUGCUCGUCUUAGGGGUGAAUGGAGGCUACAAAAACUUAACUCCAUCAAGGAGAAAGGCAAUGGCUCAUUGCCUCAUGCAAGAGAAUAGUUACACUAAAGUAGGGUUUUAAGCAACGGUCCGCGAUCUUGGCUACAACAUAUUGAUUUUCGAUGUUUUUACUCGACUGUGGUUGAGACUGUAUUGCACGCAUUUGAAUCAUGACAUGACUGCAACCGUUACUGCGACCGCCAUUUAGAACCCUACACUACACUUUGUAAAAAGACCUAUUGAGAAAUUGGGCUCUAAUUAUGGUUUUUUGGUUAAAUUAUUAGAGCCUGCUGAACAGAAUUUUUGAGAGAUUUGAGUUUUGGUUUGCUUGGUUUUGUUGAUUGAUAUUAAAGCAUGGUAUUUUGUUACUAUGGUCCUAAAGAUGAUGCAUUAGAAUUUUAAGUAUAACUGAUUUGUAUAGGAAGAUAGUUGAGGUGAAGCUCUAAUUCUGUUUUUGAUGUGCUAUUAGAGCUUCUACAAGAUUUAUUGAGAGUGUGAACUUAUGGUUUGGCAUAGCUUGUAUGCUUCUAUAAUUUGCAGCAAUGAACCUCUGAUUGUAUUUGACUAUUUGUUGAAUAAAGAUGUGAUUUACUACUAAAUAUAUGAAGUUAAUUGGAUUUGUCAACAACCAAGACUUGUUAGCUAUGUGGUUUGUUAUAGAUAUUCGUUAUCUCGGCACUUUAAGCAUU